AUGGUACCUGGAGAUAAAAAUGAAAUACGGUAUGAACGAAUUGCUUGGUUAAAAAUUCUUGGAUUACCACUUAAUCUUUUGGACAAAUCAAACUUUUCUGCAAUGGGGAGAUUCGGUAGAGUCAUAAAUCCUUUUGAUGGCAUCCGAAAUUGUAGAGACUACUCAAUGGGUAAAGUGGGUGUCCUCACGUCCAAGAUGACUUGGAUUAACGAGGAAAUCACGAUCAUCGCUGGAGGUGAGACCAUAACAGUGGGGGUUGUUGAAUACACUGAUGACUGGUCUCCCUUCAAACCGUUGCCUUUUGACAAAGUAGAGGAAGAGAGUGUUGAUGAAGAUGAAAAGGAUGAAGCAAUUUCUGAAACUUGA